AUGUAUGAGGAUGGAAAACUUAGUGAAGUUCUCAUCUGUCUGGGGAUCUCCUUGGGACUUGCUCUUGGCACUUUUCUUGUUGCUGAAUCUGUUGCCUCUCUGACCUGCCUGUUUGGCUGGUGGGUCAGCUUGCCUGGUAGUCAUCCUAGAGCACAUAGCAUUCAGUGGUCGCUAAGACCUCUACUAGAGUUUGGCUGGGAGCAAUGGUUAGCUCGCGAUAUAAGUCGUGCUCAACUAGCAGGCCCUUUUUGA